AUGAUCCGCAACGUCUCCCGUCGCCUCCCCCGCCAGCUCCAUCCGGUCGCUAGAGCUUCCGCAGCUCCCCGUGGCGCCGCAGCCGGUCGUCUGCUCUGGACACCGAUUCGCAUGGCAUCGCAGCUUUCUUCCGUGAAGCCACCCGUCUCUCGUGAGCUUCCUGCUGAUUCGUACCAGCUGCUUUCUGCGUCAGACAAAGCCGGCUUGGCAGAAGACGCUCUGUUCAAUGAGCAGGUGAAUGAGGUCAAACAAUGGUGGGCAACGCCUCGAUAUGAGGGUAUCAAGCGGCCUUAUUCGGCAGAGGAUGUUGUCAGCAAACGUGGAACACUGCAGCAGACAUACCCAAGCUCGCUGAUGGCUCGAAAGCUCUUUAAUCUACUGAAUGAGAAGGCCGCGAAGGGGGAGCCGCUGCACACACUCGGUGCUGUUGAUCCGGUCCAGAUGACGCAGCAAGCCCCAAACCAAGAAGCCCUAUACAUCUCCGGAUGGGCGUGCUCUUCCCUUCUCACCACCACCAACGAGGUCUCCGCUGAUUUCGGCGACUAUCCAUACAAUACUGUUCCAAACCAGGUGCAGAGAAUGUUCAAGGCACAGCAGCUGCACGAUCGCAAAAACUGGGAUCUUAGGCGAAAAAUGACUGCUGAGCAGAGGAAGAGCACACCGUACACCGAUUAUAUGCGACCGAUCGUUGCAGAUGGAGAUACAGGCCAUGGGGGCUUAACUGCCGUGAUGAAGCUUGCAAAGUUGUUUGCUGAAAAUGGAGCAGCAGCCGUUCAUUUCGAGGACCAACUUCACGGCGGAAAGAAAUGUGGUCAUCUGGCUGGAAAGGUUUUGGUGCCUAUUGCCGAACAUAUCAAUCGUCUAGUAGCAGCUAGGUUUCAGUGGGACCUUCUGGGCACUGAGAACCUCCUCAUUGCCAGAACUGAUUCUGAGAGUGGAAAGUUGCUUAGCAGCACCAUCGAUGUUCGUGAUCAUGAAUUUAUUCUCGGGGUGACUGAAAACACGGCACCUCUCUCUGAAACAUUGCAAAAAAUGGAACUUAGCGGCGCAUCCGGAGCCGAAAUCGAUAAGUUCGAAUUGAAAUGGGUGAAGGAUCAUAAGCUCGUAACAUUUGAUGAAGCUGUGGAACAACAUCUUGCUAGCGAGAAAGCUUCAGCGUCUACAAUCACUGAAUAUAAGACCAAAGUGCACCAAAACAGGGACUGGUCCAUCUCUGAACGGCGAGCUUUUGCAAACACACUGACAAAGAACCCAGUAUUCUGGUCGUGGGAUAUCCCAAGGACCCGGGAAGGAUUCUAUCAUUAUCGGGCAGGCGAGGCAGCAGCCACCAAACGUGCUAUUAAUUUCGCUCCAUACGCUGAUCUUCUGUGGGUUGAAACUGGAGACCCUAAUGUCGAAGUUGCUGCUGGAUUCGCCGGUGAAAUUCGAAAACAAUUUCCGGGGAAGAAGCUGGUCUAUAAUCUCAGCCCAUCGUUCAACUGGAUGGGCCAGGGCUUUGAUGAGGCGAGCCUUCGGUCAUUUAUCUGGGAUCUCGCAAAGCACGGUUUUGUACUCCAACUUAUUUCCCUGGCUGGACUUCAUUCAAAUGCCACCAUCACCACAGAGCUUUCUAGAGGAUUCAAAGAAGAUGGAAUGCUUUCUUACGUCAAUCUAAUUCAGAAACGAGAGAAGGAGAUCGGUGUUGACGUCCUCACGCACCAAAGAUGGAGUGGCGCUCCUUAUGUCGAUGGUAUUCUGGGCUCCAUACUCAGCGGCAGUAGCUCGAACAAGAGCAUGGGUGAAGGGAAUACGGAGUCAGAAUGUGUUGUGGAUAAUUACGAAGAUAUCUUAGAUCGAUCGUCCACGUAA